GGAAAAGUUGAUUAUGCCCUCCAACGACGACUGGUGGUAAAGAUGAGCCAUUUAUACUCCGUAAAAUCUUCUCAUAUGACACCUCUGGUUGAACUGAAUUUGCUGCAAUAUCAACGGAGCGAUGCUGGUAUAAUGGAGAGCUCUUAGGCGUACGUAGAUGGCGGGCUGCGUAGUUCGUACAACUAAGUAACUAGUUAAGUGAAGUAGUUAUUUGGCUGACAGGACAAACGGCGAUCGUGACAGAAGAUUAUGUAAGGGCGUUUACAUAACUCCACUAUUGGAACUAACUAGUUAUCACGUGAUAACCUUCUUUCAUCGAGAACUUUGCGUGUCGAGCUGAAAAUCUCGCCCUUGUUGGCCAUUAUUGAUCUUCUCUGCGGCGGACUGAGCACUCUAUACCCUCCGGGAACACCAAUUAUACCAACUGUCAGGCCCUCUCCGCGCUGUUAGACCAGCUAUCGCCAGCUCGGAGCUCUCUCAGAUCGCCAGGAUGCCGUCGCGCAGCCGCUCGCGCUCACCGUCGAUAGCUUCGCGCGGGUCUCAUCGCCAUCAUGGUGCAGAUACUUAUAGUAACAGACGACCCUCUCAGCCGUCACAAUCUCCCCGCCGCCGGUUAUCGCGGUCUCCGUCGCCGCGACACGCCCGGUCCCGCACCAGAUCACGGUCGAGAUCACCUCCCCCACGACGCGCGAGAUCUCCUCAGAACCAUAGACGGAGCUAUAGUCGUGAUCGAAGCGCAUCGCCAGCUCGAGAUGGCCGAGACAGGCGCAAUGGAAACCGUGGUGUGCGGUACAGUGAGUCUCGGUCAAGGUCGCGAAGUCCAUAUUCUUCGCGCAGCCGCAGCCGUAGUCGCAGCCCUGUCAGAGACCGUCGACCGCGCGGUAGAAGCUAUACCAGAAGCCCUACUCCCCCCGCUAGAAGGAGUGCAAAGAUUGUCGUGGAGAAAUUGACGAAGAAUGUCAACGAAAACCACCUGCGCGAGAUCUUCUCUGCAUACGGAGAGAUAGAAAGCCUAGAAUUACCAAUGAAUCGGCAAUUCAUGACCAACCGUGGAGCUGCGUACAUUCACUAUCGCGAUCCUGCAGAUGCCGAGUCCGCAAUUGCUCAUAUGCACGAAGCCCAGCUUGAUGGUGCCGUACUAAGCGUCUCUAUAAUACUCCCUCGCCGCACAUUUUCGCGCUCCCCUCCCCCGGCCACCAGACCCUCUCGUACGGAAUAUGGUGGUGGGCGGUACGGAGGCGGCAGGGGUUCAGCUUUUCUUGAUUCGGGCAGACCACCACCGCCGUUGUCUUCAAGGUACCGCUCUCCGCCAGGCCGUGGCAGAUUUCGCGGAGGCCGCGCUGCGGAUCGACACGAUAUAUACCGUCCGCGGUCAGUCUCACGAUCCCAUUCCCCUGUCGGGCGAGCAAGGUCACCUUCAUAUUCCUCGAGGUCUCCAUCAGUUACACCUCCACGUAUGAGACGUUCGAGAAGAGAUAGCCCGCCACGUCGUAGGAGAAGUCUGAGCUAUAGCAGUGUCAGCAAUAGAAGUCUAAGUCGAUCUCCCAGCAGGACUAGGGGCCGUUACGGGCGCUGAGCACCUCAUACAAGGCACAACAUCCAAUAAUCAUCUUUUCAUUAUCAUCAUUACUACACUGACUUGCUGGAGACAGAUGAUUUACUAUGGAGUUUCAAA